UAGAUGGAUAGAUGGAUGGAUAGAUGGAUAGAUGGAUGGAGAGACAGUUCUCUGUUUUCACCUCGAGGCGUUUGGGUGAAUAUUAAUUGGAGGGUAAGAAAGAGUCCCAUUGAUGACGGGGCUCAGUGGAGAAGCAACACAACCCAAACAACAAAAGGACCCCAUUAUUUCAUCUUUCCUCCACGUUGGACCGUGAUUGUGUGACCGCCGCCCACUGUCACUGCGUGGAGCCCGUGACCGUCACAAUGCGGCCCUUGUGCCCAAGGGAACGCGACGGCGGAGGAAACCAGAGCCGACACAGCUUCCAAUAACAUAGACGUCUGAAUGCACACUAUAGUCCUGUUUGGCAGCGGCCCUUCUGGGAAAGGUUAGGAAACACAGGGAGGCGCAUUGUGCUCCGGCUCAUCAGCACAGACGCACUGUAUGCUACAAUCUGCUGCGUUACAGAAGGAGACAAUAUAGUUAGCGGCGUGCCAAUUUCAGAAUUUCAGUCAAAUAUGUGCGAAAACAAACAAACAGAAUUUCAAUGCCACGGCGCUUCAGAGUAAUUUUACUAAACAAAUGAUAUUGUUUGACAAUGAUUGACCCUGGAAAACACAAUAUGGUUCAUAUUAAACUGGAACAAAAUUCUUUAUUUUAAGUAAAUACAGAAAUGCUGACUAUGUGUAUCCCAAAACUCAAAGUCACACCAAGUCAUUGUCCAUUUGUAUUCCUUCAGAAGAACUGAAGACAGUUAAGGAACAAGUCAAAAGGCUUAAAAGCAAGAAAGGUAAGCCGUUAGCGAGCUCGCUCAGUGGCUAACAUGCAAGCUAGCUAGUGUUUAGCUGCUCACUGCAAAACGUACUUCCUUCAUCCGGCCUAGUCUCCAAAAGAUUGCAUCGUGAGUUGAGUCUCUUUGGUAAAUAUAUAUACAAAAAAAGCAUCCUGAAUCCUUGGUGUGUGCCCUCAGGAUGGAGUUACUGAAAGUAAACAAGGUCUCGCCGCAUGCUCGCUCACUCGUGUUGUUUCUAAGACUGUUUUUCAUGUCAUUGAAGUCAGAUGUCAGAACGAUUGUAUUGUUGCACACAGAGACAAAUCGGAGACAAAGACAGCAUGUCAUUUGGUCAUCAACAUGCGGAGCAGAGGGGACAAACAUCCUGUUUACACCCAGGCUGGGCCAUAUGACCCGGGUGAGGCGAGAGGGGGGUGAGAGUGAGAGUGAGGGGGAGAUGAACUGAGGAUGACAUCUGAACAGUCAGGGUUCGGAGAGCAGAGCAAACAGGGAUUACCAGCUUUUACUACACGAAGUUAUGAGUUAUCCAGGACUUCAGACACUUUGAAGACAUCGUGGACAUGUGGGAGAGCGCGGGAGGAUGAGCGGACAUCUGGAGCAUCUCAACUUCACAGCAGGAUCUGACAGAGCGACUCCCUUCAUUAUGAACUGUGCUGUGAUUCUUUUGCUGACAUCGAGCUGCUUCACCUGGUCCUCGGCUAUAUAUAUCCCCAACAGAGCAGCAACCUCGAAGCUGAAGUACCUCCUGGAGCCGCCGGUUUACGCCGAGGUCGUCGCUCGAAGAGGAGAGAACGCCACCCUGCCGUGUAUCCUGAGAAGCAAACCCAGCCAGUACAGAGUGAAAUGGACAAAGCUGGAGCCGGAGAACGCAGGGCGGGAGAACAUCAUCAUGAUCUCGAACGCAGACGCCUCCAAGCCGUACGGCCACCUGGGAGCGCGGGCGUCCCUCCGGAGAGCUCACACCAUGGACGCCUCGCUGCGGCUCCGACGCCUGCUGCUGGACGACGAGGGGAGGUACCGCUGCGAGCUCGUGAACGGCAUCGAGGACGAGAGCGUGGUCAUUACUCUGAGGAUAGAAGGCGUGGUGUUCCCGUAUCAGAGUGAAGCCGGCCGCUACAGAUUGACUUUCCAUGAGGCGAAGCAGGUCUGUGCUGAGCAAGAUGGCACAUUAGCUUCAUACGGCCAGCUGUACCGAGCGUGGACCGAGGGUCUGGACUGGUGUAACGCCGGCUGGCUCCAGGACGGCACCGUUCAUUACCCGAUUAUUCAUCCCCGACCCGCCUGUGGAGGAGAGCUGCUCCACGGCAUUCGCAGUUAUGGAGCGAAAGAUAAGGAUAGGGAUCAGUUCGACGCUUUCUGCUUCACCUCGCAGACUUCUGGCUCCGUCUCCUUCAUAUCGGGCUCUUUCUCCUUCGAACAGGCCGGACACGCAUGUCAGCGUCAGGGAGCGGCGUUGGCGCUGGUCGGCCACCUUUACUCCGCCUGGCGUUUCCAAAACUACGACCAGUGUGACGGCGGAUGGCUGAGAGACGGCAGCGUACGGUUCCUCAGCAACCCCCGGGAGCUCUGCGGAGGAAUCCCUGAAGCAGGGGUGCGCUCAUUCGGGUUCCCCGACAAGAUGAAGCAUCUGUUCGGCGCCUAUUGCUACAGGUAGCCCAAAAACAAGAGGACAUUUGACAGCAGAGCAAACUACAGAUUGAGUUUAAGCAGGAAAACAGGUCCCAGAAUUAACUGAUAAGCAAGUUGAUGAGCAAAAGAACAAAAGCUCCUGAGCUGAAUCUCAGCUCUGAAGCUACAGACAAUUACCGAUAAUUAGGACAUGGUAUUGAAACGUUGGUGUCUUUAAAAGUGAAAGUCAUUAUUUAAUCAACUUUAUUUCAUUUUUUAAGUAUGGUGGCCAACAGGUAUAAACUAACAGCCCAAAACACUUCCACUUCAGGGAUUAUAAAGUUAGUGAGUCUGCCUCAGAGUGAGUCUGUCUCAGAACUGGAAGAGUUUGUCAGUAUAUCUGAAGGUUAGCUUCGUUAGUGAGCGAGCUUACAGUAGAUCUGCAGUGACAUCAGAAGGAGUCAUGUGAUCCCUUUGUUAGAAUAAGACCAGAAAACAUUUCAGGUAAACAACAACAGAGACAGUUAUCCAGCUUUAUGAUCCUGAACGUCCGCCAGCAUUCCCGGUCUAGUCCUCAAGUUGGUAAAACCCAAUGGAAAUGUUUUGGGCUUUUGUAGCAUGUUUGUCGGCCCCCGUACGAAAGGCCUCAUUUACAUGAAACUUGGUUUGGUUCAUAUCUAUUUCUAACUGUACAUAGAAGUCUUUUUAAAAUACAAAAUGUAAUGACAAAAAACACUUAUUUUUUUCCAGGAAGUUUCAGUUUGUGUCCUCCUGAUCUUAUUAGUAGAGACACUUUAAUUAAUGUGGCUUUUGAUGUCAGUUUGAUGUCAAACUGAGUUCUACAGACACAUUUUCCUGGAGGCUUUUACUUUGCUGGGAGAACAUUGGUCAAAUGUUUUUGUUAAAAUCAAUUAUCAUUAAGGAAAUAAUUGGUUGAUAAAACAGUUGUUUAUUUAGCAAACCACAAACCUCUCUGGCUUCCCAACGUACUUGCAGAAUGGGGUUAAUGGUACAAAGAUAUCUCUAUAGUGGAGCGAGGUGAACCUUUGUGGUAACUGAGGUUUUUUUCUGUGUAACACCAAACUGCUUCCUGCAAGCUCGAGCAAAGAAGCUACAACUCUGAACUGUAAAUAACAGGAUGUACUGAUCUGUAAAUUAAUGACAUGUUAUUUAAUUUAUUCAAUAAA